AUGGUGGCAUUGGGGGCGGUUUUGGCUUUGUAAGUUGUUUUUGAAAGAUUGUAAAUAAUGAUUUUACUAUUUAUAUAAUGUUAGGUUAACUUAAAUCCUUUUUUAGGUCACUGGUAGCUUCAACAUCUUCGUAUCUUGUCCUCAAUACCACGAUAGCUAAGCAGACUUCAGAAUGCGUGAAUGUUAACUGUAACCUCCCGAUUGUGAAUCUGACUGUAUAUGAUGACAAUACCGUCUCUUCUUAUCAACUUGUGUCAGUUGAGGGAGAGAUUUCAAAUCUGGCUGUUCCCGUAUCUCACAGUAAUGUAAAGGUUAAAUUUGAUACUACAUCCUAUGAUCGGCGCUACAAACAACUACUUAGAUCUUGCGGAACCACUAUUACUGUAAGUUUACUGUAUGUAGCAGUUCUUAUGUUACACUACCUGUCUAGUUGCUGAUAAGGUAUGAUAAUUAAGAGAAAAUUAAAAUAUUGUUGGCUGAUAUAAUGACAAUUUGAUUUUAGAGCAAUGUAACGGAUUCAGAAGUCACCGUUCCAGUAGCUAAAUGUUACACGGUAACUGCAAACGUCGUUCACCGACCGGACUGGGAGCAUUUAUGGGUAAGACCAAGCUUGAAAAUGCAAAAACUUUCUUUACAGAACAGUAAAUUGUGGUGGGUGUUACUGCCUACUGUGGUAUCACUGGUCGGAUUACUCUUGGCUCUUCUUGGUUGCUGGAUUCAGAAGCGCAAGGUCAAGUCGUUCAAGGUCUUGUUCGAAGAACAUCUGAUUCAGACGGCUUCAAGUCAAGCAUGA